AUGUCGACGAUGAGCCUGGCCUCCUUCGCGACGCCCCGCAAGGACAUUCCCAACGACACGCUCAUAAUAUUCGACUGGGACCCGGACGACACGCUCUUGUGCAGCUCCGCCAUCAACAUGCAGCAGUGGUCUCAGCUCCAGCUCGACGUCCUGUGCAGGACCGUGGAGACCACGCUUCGCGCGGCCAUGGAGCUCGGUGAGGUGAUGAUCGUGACCAACGGCGUGGACUGGUGGGUGGAGGACGACAGCUGCCGGCGCUUCCUGCCUGGCCUCCUGCCCCUGCUCGGCAAGCUCCACGUGAAGUCCGCGCGGCACGACUACGAACGCAUCUACCCAGGCGACCCGUUUGCUUGGAAGCGCGAGUGCUUCAAGGACGGGACAUCCUCCAGCCGAGGCCCAAGGCUACGAACCUCGUCGUGCUGGGCGACUCUCUCUCCGAGAUUCGCGCCGCCUACGGAGCGCUGUCCUGCAUGGUCGACUCCUCGCUGGUGA